GUUGUUGCAGCGAACUGUGUGCUCCUCCGAACUUCUUGAUGAAGCGUAACACAGAACGUAUGUGAAUAAAUACGUAUUUUUUCUUUUAUCGGAAAUUUUGUAACGAGGAAUGUGGUACAGUGGAAUUUGAAUAGCCUUGCAUUGAAAUAUAUUUUAAUUGAGUUUGGAAAAUAGGAGGGUUAAACUACGUCUCUGGAUUCUUCAGACCGGACAGAGUUACUGUGUGUGCUAACACUCCAGAAUGCCCAACCCCAGCACCAGACCCAGACCUAAUCGUGUGAGACGGAAUCGGCGAGUGGCGGGAGGAGAUGCUGCCAGGAAUGAGCUGGUCUCCAGGUCUCUAGAAAGUGCACAGCAGUGUCUGGUGAAUCAGGACUAUGGAACAGCCUUUGCACACUACCUCCUGGUGCUUAAUCUGGCCCCUGCUCUGAAGGAUUUUGCCAAAGAAUCAUUCAGAUUUACUCUUUUCAAAUGGGCAGAAGAGCUGGAUGCCCUCAGUCGUAUCCAGGAUAUAUUUGAUUGCUAUGAGCAGGCGCUGGAGCUGUUUCCUAAUGAUGAGGUCAUUGUCAACAGUAUGGGGGAACACCUUUUCAGAAUGGGGUUUCGAGAUGAAGCAGCUGGCUAUUUCCACAAAGCUCUCAAGCUAAAACCAGAUUUUGCAGAUGCCAAGGAGAAUUUCCAUAGAGUGGCUAACUGGUUGGUGGAGCGCUGGCAUUUCCUGAUGCUGAAUGACCACAAGAGGAACGCGAAAUACCAGCGGGCCAUCCAAAAAGCAGUGCAGUCUGGGUUCAACACCGUGCUGGAUAUAGGGACAGGCACUGGCAUUCUAAGUAUGUUUGCUAAAAAAGCAGGUGCUUCUGAAGUGUGUGCCUGUGAGCUAUCCAACACCAUGUAUGAACUUGCCUGUGAGGUAUUAUCAGCCAAUGCUAUGGAAGGAGAGAUCAAGAUUCUGCACAUGAAAUCUCUAGACAUGGAAAUCCCUAAAGAUAUCCCCAACAGGGUUUCACUGGUAGUGACAGAAACAGUGGAUGCAGGGCUGUUUGGUGAAGGCAUUGUGGAAACGUUGAUUCACGCUUGGAAACACUUGCUUUUACCACCCCAGAUUUCAGAAAGCCAAGCUGUUCCCACUAGUGGAGUGGGUCGUGUCAUUCCUGCAAGUGCGACUGUGUUUGGGAUGGCAGUGCAAUGCCCAGAGAUACGCAGGCAUCAUAGGGUGGGUGUGGUCGAAGUGGGAGGGGUAUGUUUGACAGGAGCCCCAGAGCUACACAGUCCUGCCAUCUACUCCACAGACUCUGAUGACUCUACAGAACCUUAUACCACUGAAAGGUUGAGCCGGAUUCCUGGGGGGUACACCCCUCUGACUGAGCACUUCCAGGCUCUCACUGUUGAUUUCAACAGCCCACAGGAGCUGGGAGGCCUGUGCUCUCAGAAGCCAUCUCGGAUCUGUUUGCCUAUUACCAAACAUGGUGUGUUAGAUGCCAUUGUUGCCUGGUUUGUUUUACAACUUGAUGAGGAGAACAGCCUUUCAACCGGGCCUGAGGAAGAGACCUGCUGGGAGCAGGCUGUCUAUCCGGUGCAGAAUCUGCUUGAUUGUGCAGUAAAGCCUGGAGAUAGUCUGAUAUUGGAGGUCUCAUGCCAGGAUGCCUAUCUAAGGAUCUGCAUGGUUUCUCUUGUGAGGGCAGGAGAUGGAAUGGAAACUGAACUAGAUGGAGAUCCCAGUUUGAGUAGUGAAGCUGAACUGUGCAGCGCUUUAGCCUGCCUUCAGACCACCCAAGGCAGGGAUCAGCAGAAGUGUAUGCUGGAAUCUUCUGAAAUAGCCCUGCUUAACAAUGUAAAGUACCAUGACAGUUUUAAGACUGCGUUAAGCAAAUUGCUGUCCUCCAUAAGAGCGGGAGGUAAAUCAGAGAGCACAGUGCUGGAUGGGACUGGCUGCAGUGCAGACUGUGGGAACAGUCAGAGACAGGACUGUCCAAAUACAGCCUCUGACCCCUUGUAUGUAUUGGAUGUCUCGGAAGGCUUCUCCAUCCUGUCACUGAUAGCUGCCAAGCUGGGGUCAGUGAAGGCUUAUAGCUCAGUGGAAAAAGAGCAGCACCAAACAGUACUUAAGAUCUUGGCAGAAACUAAUGGAGUUUCUGAAGAAAUGCUGGAGUUUUGGCUCAAUCACGUGGAAGAUGACUCUGCUCUUUUGCAGAGGCCUACAACGGACAAGAUGUGGAGCGCAGUCAUCCUGGAUUGUGUUGAGACGUGUGGGCUUAUUCGACAAGAGCUGAUGGAGAAGGCUGCCCUGGCCAGGUGUCUGCUCGAACCUGGAGGAAGGAUUUUCCCUGGGCGCAUAGUGAUGUACGGGAUGCUGGUGGAGUCGGAGACCUUGCUCCAGGAGAGUGCUGUCCAGGGCACAGAACCUACUCUAGGAUUAAAUAUCGGCCCUUUCAUUAAUCAGUUCACAGUCCCAGUCCAUGUCUUCCUGGAUAUAAACACCCUACCCUGUGUCCAUCUAAGCCAGACGGUUGAGCUGUUCACACUGGACCUCAUGUACCCAAAUGCAAACUAUAACAGCAGAGAGGUUAAGGUACAAACCUGCUCUUCAGGUAGAGUGACAGCCAUCCCAUUUUGGUAUCAAGUUCACCUGGAUGAUGAAAUCAGCCUGAGUACCUUCAGUGAAGAUUCCCACUGGAAGCAAGCGGCUGUGGUCCUUGAUGAAGCCAUAGAGGUUAAGGCCGGUGACCUGCUCCUACUAAACAUUCAGCAACACAAAAACAGCAUGUCAAUCACAGCCAAGAAAGGAGGUGAACACACUGCCACAGGCUCUGCAGACUGACCCUUUCUUCUCCUCCAUAAAUGUGUGUUUUUAUAUAUAUAUAUAUAUAUAUAUAUAUAUAUAUAUAUAUAUAUAUAUAUAUAUAUAAAUAAGAAGGAUUAAAGCAAUCAAGCCCUUUGCUCUAGUUAAAUUGGUUAAUGUAAGCAAUCGGGCUGUACCAUUUGUCAAGUAGGUAGUGUUCUACCUUAUUCUUUUCUGGGAAGAUUUCUAAAUACCUAUACUAAUGACCACAGCUGAAUUGGGAUGGGUCCUUAAGAAUAAUCAAAAGAAAAAAAAAAAAAAAUUUUAUAUAUAUAUAUAUAUAUAUGUAUUUGUUCACACUGUACCUCAUGAACCCCAAUGAAAACUAUUGUACAAGAGCAUAAAAUAAUAAAAUGACAACCUUCACUUAAACAGUCUGAUCAUGAAAUCAUUUUAAAUGUUUGUUUUUAAAAAUAUUUAUAUGUGGAUAUAUAUAGUUUUACUUCUAGUAUUUGUUUGAUUCCAUUUUGUAUGUUGUUAAAAUAACUAUCUUGUCUAUUUUAGUUGUUGUUGUGGACUGACAGGCACAGAAAAGGACUGAGAGUCAAGACAGCUAUGGUUCCAGUCCCAGUUUGGCCAGUAAAGCACUGGUGGGAAUUUUGUUUCCCCUCUUCUUAUUCAUGGCAUCACAUCAUACAUCAGUGCUGAUCUGUAAAUUAUUGUUGUAAUUACUAAACUGAGUUUUGGUGGUGAGUAGUGAUGAGAAAAAAUCUUUCAAGAGAGGUUCAAGCUUAUAGAGAGGUUCAAGCUUAUAGAAAGCUUGGAAAAACAACCUCAACAGAGAUGCCAACGGCAAAGGGAUAUAAUACUACGAUUUUUAUUAAAUAAAUAAAUGAUGGAUACUG